AUGCGUUUGAUCAAUAAUGUGAAAUGCAAAUUGCAAAAGUUGAGAGAUUCUGGAUGGGAUAUUUUACUUGAGGAUGUGAAGAAGUUUUGUAACACUCAUUCCAUUGAAAUAAUUAAUAUGACAGAUAACAUCAACAGCCGUAGUCACUUGAAGAGAGAUGGAAAAAAUAAGUUAGUGCGUCUAGCUCAUUUUUAUGAGGAUGAUUUUUCUUGGAAUGAGCAUAUGUUGGUUGAACAAGAGCUUGAAACAUAUAUUGAUGACGCCAGAUCAGAUGAACGAUUUGAAGGCAUUUCAGAUUUGGGAGCUCUUGCAAAGAAAAUGAUUGAAACAAUGAAGAACCGUGUAUUUCCUUUGGUUUAUCGGAUGAUUGAGCUAGCCUUACUUCUUCCAGUUGCUACUGCAACCGUUGAAAGAUUGUUUUCGACAAUGAAUAUUGUCAAAACAUAUUUGCGAAAUAGGAUUGGAGAUGAAUGGAUGAAUGAUAGUUUGGUAGUCUAUAUCAAGAAAGAUGUUUUUAAUACUGUCGACAAUGAGCCAAUUUUAUAG